UUGAUUUGGCAAGCUCCUGCAUGUCUUGACAUCUGUGUUUUUCUUAUUUUUUCCUUUACAGUGAUCGCGGACUCGUUGACAGUGGCAGCCCCGGCCCAGACUCUCUCCAAAGUGGAGGGCGACACACUGCAGCUUACCUGUGAGGUGUCUCGGACCACGGUGCAUCACACCCACCUGUCAGUGGGCUGGUACCUGAGGUCUCCGGAGGACGCGGCCGCGCCCCCUCAGGAGAUGGUCACCCUGUCCAGGGACUUCGUGCUGCGCUCCGGAGGACCCUACCGGCAGAGGAUGGUGGCCGGGGACCUCAGGCUGGACAAAACGAGUGCUACGGCCUACAGGCUGACCAUUCACAUGCUGCAGCCGGUAGACCAGGGACUGCUCUACUGCCAGGCAGCCGAGUGGAUUCAGGACCCAGAUGGAAGCUGGUUUGCCAUGACCCGAAAACAGAGCGACAAGACCCAACUCCGUAUUCAGCCAACUGACCGGGACUUCAGCAUCCAGGUGAGCACGGAGCGACGGUCCUUCACGGCCGGUGAGCCGCUGGAGCUUCGCUGCACCAUUGAGGCGCAGAACGUCCCAGAGCGUUUCUUCUCGGUGUCGUGGGUCUUCAGCAGCUCACCGGUGGCCGUGGUGGGCCCAAGUGCCGUGCCUGUCCUGGGCCCCGAUUAUGUUGACCGGGAGGCCGCCGGUCUCAUGACCGUGCGCAAGGAGAGCCCCAACGUGCACCUGCUCAAGCUGCAGCAUCUGCGGCAGGAGGAUUCCGGGAAGUACAUUUGUCGUGUAACGGAGCGUGAAAGGACGCCAACAGGAGACUUCAUCGACCGCAGCAAGAGGUCCCGUAAUGUCCAGAUAUCAGUCCAGCCACUCAAGAGCAACAUCACAGUGUCCUUGGCUAGUAACGCCUCAGAAGUCCAAGAGGGCGAUGGCAUUCAGCUGACUUGCUCAGUCUCCUCCCUGUCAGGCCUUGUGUCUGUUGCCUGGGAGUGGAUAGAAAAGCAAGCAACCGGACCGGUCCAGGAAGUGGCCUCUGUGGAUCGGGACGGCACCGUGUGGCACAGCCCCUCCUACAGAGAGCGCUCCAGUUACGGAGAGAUCCGUGCGGAGAAAGUGCGACCUGACGCCUUCUCUCUGUCCAUUUACAAUGCCUUACCUGGGGAUGAGGGUCAGUACCGCUGCACAGCCACUGAGUGGCUUCACACGGGCACUGAGCCAGAGCUCAACUGGGAGAAAAUUGGAGAAAAAUCGGCCACCAAGACAAUCACUGUCAAGACUGUUGAAUCAUCCUUUAUGGUGUCGGCCUCGUCGCGAACCCCAUCAAUAAUCUUCGGAGACUCCUUCGACCUCCUGUGCCUGGUCAAGCCUCGCCACAACCCGCGCGUCCCCGCGUCCGUCACGUGGCGCUUUCUGCCGGCCAGCACGCGACCUGAAGGCGAGGAUCAGGGAGAGUUCAAGGACCUGGUGACGUUCACCCGCGAGGGCACGCUGCAGUGGGGGGAGCAGCUGCUCGGCCUGGGCACCCGCACCACGGUUGACCGCUCCCACUCCAACACCAACUUCCGGCUGUCCGUCACCCGCGCGGGGCGCCGCGAGGCGGGCAAAUACCAGUGCACCGCCGUCCUGUGGAGGAAGAACUACGACGACAGCUGGAGCAGAGUGGCCAACCGCACCUCCAACCUGCUUGGCAUCAGUGUCCUGCCACCAGAAAGUAAGCUCAAAGUGCAAAAGAACAACCAGUCUCAGGUGUACCUGGAGGACAGCCGUGUCAGGAUCAACUGCUCUGUGGCCUCCCAAACCAGCCAGGACUCCCAGCAUGCUGUGCUGUGGUACGUGAGACGGGCGGUGGGCUCAGAGACCGACGAGCUCCUGCUGAGAAUCGAACGUUCAGGAGCCUUUGAGUACGGUGCCUAUGCAGACGAAGAGAGGCUCAGGCUACGCGUGCAGGCCGAGAGGCUUUCUCCCCGUCUGUAUGUGCUGACGCUGAACAGAGCGGAGAGCAGCGAUUCUGGGACAUACUACUGCCUGGUGGAGGAGUGGCUGAGUGACCCAGAUGGAGCCUGGUAUCGGCUCUCGAGGGAUUCCUCGGGAUACACGCAAGUCCUAGUCAGACAGCCAGAAGCCCGACUGCAGGUGGAGGAAACCGAGUCAAAUGUGACGGUGGAGGAGUCGGGCUCGAUCCAGCUGGGGUGCAGCAUUCCCCUGCAGUCGUCCCAGGACUCCCGCUUGUCCGUGUCCUGGUACGUGGAGCGCUCCGAGGACCUGAGCGGCGAGGACCAGCCGAGCGAGGACGAGAGCAAGCGGGAGUGCGUGUUUACCAUCGCCCACGAUUUUGUUUUCCGAAACGAAAACUGUAGCCCUCGGGAUGAAGCGGGGCCAAAUUCCCGCUUGCAGUUUGAGAGGACGAACUCUGACAUGUACAGCCUGACCAUCCACGGAGUCCGGCCAACAGACGCUGGCCGGUACUACUGCCAUGUGGAGGAAUGGCUGCUCAACCCCCGCAAGAUGUGGUACCGCCUCGCUGCCAACAAUUCUGGGUUCACUAUCGUCAACGUAUUGCAGCAAGUGUCUACUAUCCAGUCUGUGGUGUGCUCCAUCGACUCCCUCUUUUACUUCGUCUUCUUUUACCCCUUCCCCAUCUUCGGCGUCCUCCUCAUCGCCCUGCUGUUGGUGCGCUUCAAGAGUCGCAGCAACAACAAGAGCCAAGAGGGGAAGAACGGCGCCCCGCUGCUGUGGAUUAAGGAGCCUCACCUCAGUUACUCCCCCACCUGUCUGGACCCGCCGGCCCUCAGCUUGCACCCCGGCUCGGUCGACUAAGGGAAGGCAGAGCCGGCCCAGCCCGCCUCACGCACGUUACAGUCCCAGCAAACACAACGCCAGGGAGCACAUCUGGAUACCACCUUCAGACCUUACUGUUGUUUAAUGCUGUGCUAAAAGUAGUCAAUCAGUUGAUCAGUUUAAAACUUUCCACCCUGGUGACUGUUUUAUGUUAAGAACUGUGUGUGUGUGUGUGUGUGUGUUUGUGGGUGGGUGGGUGAGACUGGAUGUGCCAUUUCAGCACGAUUAGCCUAACUGAGAGGGUAUGAACUGAGAGCGCAUCAUGAGCCCCGCCCACUUCCGUUCUCUGUCAAACUGUAGAAAAUCUCAUAGCAGCAUUUCGAUUCUUAGUCCAAAUACUAGUCUAUUUUUCAAAUGUGGAGAAUGAAAAACAGUGCUUCUGAGAUCGCGGGCCAAUCCGGGAGGAACAUUUAAGAGAAGCAACUCUACAAUCGACUUUCGGCACUAAGUGGAUGCCAAAAAAAAAGUCUCUGAACUGAUCCAAGAGCAGCCACAGCCUUGCCCACUUUGUUGGUUGCCAUAGCGAUGCUCUGCACCCACUAACAUGGUAGCUGCUGACUUGGUUGCCAGGCUGCACAGAGACAAAGGCUAGGACACACAAGUCUGUGUCCUAAGUGAGGAUGUGUGUUGGCCCACCUGCCUUCACAAUGAAUUUGCCUUGGCAGACUGGAACAAGUCCUGGUGUGCCACUUCAACACUGCCAGACACUCUGGCUGAGUGAAAGACUGUCCCACUCUUCUCCUCUGCCCUCCUCCCAUCUGAAAACAGAAAGUGAGAGAAAGAGAAGGAGAAGGAGGACGGAAAUAACAGAGAGGAACCGAACAAUUCUCUCCUUCUUUGGAUAUGUGUAUUUUAACACAAGUGUUUUCUUCAUUUUUGUUUUGUUCUUUCCUUUUUUGCAGUGCCAAGUUUUUUCUUAUUUUCAGUGUCCUCUGCCGUUAAACACUUGAAGUUUUAAGGGCGGGGAAGCUGACGGAUUCAGAGGCAGAUUGUUAAUGUCUGCUUCCCUCCUGCUGUGGAUUUGCUGGGGUCUGUUGGCUGUUAAUACUUAAAUCGGUAUUUUUCCUGUUUUUUUAAUUAGAGAUUUACUGAAGGAGAUUCAAAUUCUUGCACAUUUGUUUAAUCUGCCUGUCAUGACCACUCUCCUGUCUUUAAAAGAUCUAAGAUGCGCAUUAGUUUGAAAGAGAAAAAAGAUCUGUUUCUUUUUUCUUUCUGUCUUUUGUUCAAGGACCCUAAUGAUUUUUGCUUAUGUGUAGAUGUAAUAAAAACACAAAAAUGUCUAAUCUGCACAUAAAGAGAAAACAAAUUAGGAGAAAUCUCAACUUUUGUUGAUUAAUUUAAAAGGUUUUCUAUUUAUUGUUUUAUACCAUUUUGCAAAGCCUCGUAAGAUUUUCCUUUUGCUUUGAAAUUUUCUCUUAAAACUGUGCUGCUUGUGUUGCCAGGCAACUGCGCCAAGCACAUUAUGUCAAUAGCCUGUGUGUUGACAAAGUGGUAGAAGUAGAAAUGCUAGAUCUGUCCUGCGCAUUGCGGUCUGUAGCAUUUCAUACACGACUGUCAGUUUGGUCAGUGUCAAAACACUGUAUAUCUAUACAUAUAAUAAAAAUUUACUGUGGCUUUAAAUGUACAAUAGUUGAACAGACAAGUCACGAAAACGGAUUCACUUAAUGCUUUUUGCUUGUUUUAGUGAAAUGUGAUGUAACACCUAAGUAGGAUUUUUUUUUUUGUUCUUUUUACAAAUUUUAUUUAAGAUGACUGAAUCGGAUCUGUUGAAGUGUCUUCUAAUCACGGCUGAAGGUGUUCUCCCAGGCCCGUAUGACACGAGGCAGAAGGGGUUGAAAGCCUGUGGCACCUUCUCAGCCAGGAGAGGUGUCGGAUCCUCUCUCUGACACGGGCUUUACCCAAUCACUGCCAAAAUGGACAUGAGGACCUUUGACAAACCUUGUCUCAGUCGUGUCAACAUGUAUAUUGCAUGACAAUAUUGCAGGAGGAAUUUUGAUGUUUUGUAAAACUCUUUGAGCAUUGUGUUUGUGUGAAGGAGCUGACAGCCUCCUACCCCCCCCCCCCC